AGCAUUUAUUGUCUCUUUUAUUCUUUUUGUCGUCGAAAUACUCAUCAUGAAGACUGAAAAUGAAACACCUCAACCGCAAGCCCAGCAAGUGCAGACGCAGGUGCAGACGCCAGUGCAGCACACACCAACACCAGCGCCAACGCCCAUUCCUUAUGCCGCACAGUGGGGAACAGCCCGUAUGCCAUAUUCCUUUAUAUGUCCUGACAAUUUGUCUGCUUUCCAUGCUCAAGUUCUUCCCAUUCAUGUAGACAUUCCGAUAGACCCUUCUCUUCAACAGCAGACACACGCCACGUAAACAAAACAUCCCUUUGCGAGACUGGUCUUUGUUGAAUUGUCUGCCCAUUCAGGACUGCCCCUUACUCCCAUUAUCAAUCUUAUACAUCGCACUAUGCUCAAGCAGCUUACGCCCACUACCACCAGUACACACCUCACCCUGUCACCCAGACUCAACCCCAGCAACCCAUUAUGGCACGGCAGAAUACGACGACCCCGGCAAUAGCUUCAGCUCCUGCGAAUAAUACGCAAUCUAGCUCCAACAAUGCAAUAGACACAGCAGAUAUUGCCACAUUGAACGACGCCCUCGGAAGCGCUGGUGUCGAUCUUAGGGCGGAAGAAGAAACACUUCAAAAAUCAUAUGAACAACAUCAGACUUAUCGUCCAUAUGAAGACCGUUCUCGAAAGCAACCGCUAAAUCCGUCUAUUGAUUCUCGUUUUCUUGGUGCUACCAUGCGGACAAUAGGGACACAGCACAAAGUCACCAAGGUUCCCGAAGAGUCGGUCAAUUAUCUUGCAUUGGCACUUCGUGCACGACUGCAAGACUUGAUCACAUCUAUGAUAGCCGCCUCUCAUCACCGCACAGAUACUCAGUUUGACCGACCUGCCUCAUUAUACGAUGACAAUACUCCUAUGUGGAGCAUAUUGGUGCGUGGAGAUGUCGCCAAGCAACUCGCUGCAUUGGAAAAAGCCGAACGAGAAGAGGAAAUGAAGGUAAGAAGAGAACGGAAGGAGCGCGCAGAUAUGGCAGCUGCGCACGCCGCCAAUCUCGCGGCUCAGGCGGCUGGGGGUAAUGGAAAUGCAAUGGCGGUGGAUGCAAAUGGCGAAGAUGGAGAUGGAGGAGGCGCGAAAAAGAAGAGAAAGAAGGAAGGGCCAGGCGUCACUGCGAGGAAUAUGUCAGAGGAUGUGCGCAAAAAAAUGUCUAACGCUGUGGCUAGUCAAGCCGCAGGUCUUGGCGGAAAAUACGCAUGGAUGAAUGCUGCGAAUGCCGCAGCUGCUUCUACACCCAAACCCAAACCAGCUCCCGGUACGUCAGCGACGACGACGGCACCAUCUGCAGCAAGUGCAGCGGCUACAUCAUGGGCAAGACCUUAUGUGUCUGCAAAGAAAAGUACCACUGCAACCACUCCGACUGAAGAAGAUACUCGGACGGUCGUGACUUUGAGAGAUGCGAUGUUUGUGAUUGAAAAAGAAAGAGGGCAUGGUGGAGGCCGAGGAGCUGCACGAGGUUGGGUGUGACAAUGGACACCAGCUUUAGCCAUUUCUGUAUAUCUUGUGUACACUUACUGUUGUCCCAUUUAGUCCCUCAAACUUUUGUUGUGAAGCCUGAGGAAUUACAUUUCUCUCUGUAAUCGUACACUACUUUUUUUACAUGCGUUUUGGAGGCGAGUAGAAAAUCUAUCAAGUAGAGCAUCAAGACCACAGUAUAGAAGAAGAGUU